GAGUUCUUUUACUUUCUAGUUAUAGCAAAAGAUGGCUUCAAGUUCAAGCAUUCUGCUUUUUGUGCUUCUUGGUGCUCUUGUUUGUAGUAGCAUUGAUGCAAGGAAGCUUGGGGUUAGUGAUGAUAAGGGGUUAAGAGAUGAGAAAACUUUCUAUCGGCGUCCAGGGUUUGGUGGAGGUGCAGGAGGAGGCGGUGGUUUCGGUGGUGGUGGUGGUACUGGAGGAGGGUUAGGUGGUGGCUCUGGAGGUGGAUUUGGUGCCGGUGCUGGUGGAGGAGCAGGAAGUGGACUUGGAGGUGGAGGCGGUUUGGGUGGAGGUGGCGGCGGUGGAUUCGGUGGAGGAGGUGGUGUUGGUGGAGGAUCAGGGUUUGGAGGAGGAUCAGGAUUUGGUGGUGGUGCCGGUGCUGGUAGUGGACUCGGAGGUGGUGGUGGAGGAGGGUUUGGAGGUGGUGGUGGCGGUGGACUUGGUGGUAUCGGAGCCGGUAGUGGAUUUGGUGGUGGAGCUGGAGGUGGAGUUGGAGGUGGUGGAGGAGGAUUUGGAGGUGGUGGCGGUGGUGGACUUGGUGGUGCUGGAUCCGGUGGAGGAUUUGGUGGUGGUGCUGGAGGUGGAGUUGGAGGUGGAUUUCCAUGAAAGAAUUAAUAUUAAUUAAGUUAUUUUGCAUGCUUUUGGAAUUAAUAGCAUGUGGCUUAAUUUAUGUGUUUACGUGUAGUUUCACUUGUAAUUUGCUUCAAGCAUAUUCUUCUGCUUAUUGUGUUUUUUAAUUACUCGUCAAAAUGGAAAUAAUUCUUAAAUUGAUUAUGAAUUACAUCCUUGAUUUUA